UGCACACUUUGUCAAAAGCCGUUUCAGAGCGCGAGUUGUUCUAAAGAAGAUUUACCUUCAAUAACCAUUUGUUAAACCUCCAUCCAUUUAAGUGCAGUCCCCCACUGCCCAGUAGUGUCUGUUAAUCCUGAUUACGGACAAGAGGAGGAGAGUGGACAGGAGAACAGGGGUCUAUAGAUCAGGUUGCUGGUGAGCUGCCGAGCUAAACUUCCAGAGCAUCAUGUCUCCCUUUAAGGCCUGGUGCAUAGAGGAGACAACAGGCAUUGUGAUACCUGGAGACUGGGUUUCCCACCAGGACUGCUGUUGGUAGCUGUGCGUGUUUGAUUUUGUGAGUGUGCCGGCCAGAUAAAAAUGUCCUGAAGUUGGUCAAGUGGAAGAGGGGUCUACAGUCGCAUUGAGAGGAGUUAUGACCGACGAUGAGGACACAGUUUGAGACGGAGGAAGAACAUCGCAGUACCCGGGGGAAUGGAGGGCAGGGGUCUGGGUGGAAUGAAGAAAAGUGGCUCCACCAAGCGCUCUUCCAUUAAGCGCAGUGCCUCGUCCAGCUCACAGAAGAUACAGAGAGCAUGGAUAGAGAGAACAUUUCAGAAAAGAGAAUGCAUCCAAAUCAUCCCCAGUAAAGAUGCGACCAGGUGCAGCUGUGGUCAGCUGGUGACCCAGCAUGUGGCCCUUCCCCCCGGGGCCCCGGCCAAAGAGGAGGCCAACCCUCUGGUCCAGGUGGUGGAGCUGCCGCCCGAGCGCUGGUCUGUGGCCAAACACACGCAGGUCUCCCCCACAGACUCCUACGGCAGCCUCGAGUUCAAGGGCGGUGGUCACACAAACAAGGCCAUGUACAUCCGGGUGUCGCACGACUCCAAGCCUGACUCCCUGCUCCACCUGAUGGUGAAAGACUGGCAGCUGGAGCUGCCCACCCUCCUCAUCUCGGUCCACGGAGGCCUGCAGAACUUUGAGCUACAGCCCAAGCUCAAGCAGGUGUUUGGGAAGGGGCUGAUCAAAGCUGCUGUCACCACCGGAGCCUGGAUCUUCACGGGGGGAGUCAGUACCGGGGUGAUCCGGCAUGUUGGGGAUGCACUGAAAGACCACUCCUCCAAGUCUAGAGGGAAGGUGUGUGCCAUCGGCUUUGCUCCAUGGGGGAUCGUGGAGAAUAAGGAAGACCUCAUUGGCAAAGAUGUGACCAGGCCGUACCAGACCAUGUCCAACCCGCUCAGCAAGCUGUCGCCGCUGAACAGCAGCCACUCCCACUUCAUACUGGCCGACAACGGCACCUGCGGCAAGUACGGCGCCGAGGUCCGCCUGCGCCGACAGCUGGAGAAGCACAUCUCCCUGCAGAAGAUCAACACACGUUUGGGUCAGGGCGUGCCUCUGGUCUGUCUGAUUCUGGAGGGCGGGCCCAACGUGAUCUCUAUCGUUCUGGAGAGCCUGAGGGAGGAGCCACCGGUGCCUGUGGUGGUCUGUGACGGCAGUGGGCGGGCCUCUGACAUCAUUUCCUUUGCACAUAAAUACAGCGAAGAGGAUGGGAUGGUGAGUGAUAACGUCAAAGACCAGCUACUGGUCACCAUCCAGAAGACCUUCAGCUACAACCGUGCUCAGGCUCAGCAGAUUUUCCUCAUGGUCAUGGAGUGCAUGAAGAAGAGAUCCCUGAUAACUGUGUUUCGCAUGGGUUCGGAAGGGCAACAUGAUGUUGAAAUGGCCAUAUUGACUGCUCUACUGAAAGGUACCAAUGCAUCGGCCCCUGACCAGCUCAGUCUGGCCUUGGCCUGGAACAGAGUGGACAUCGCACGCAGCCAGAUCUUUGUGUACGGAACCCAUUGGCCGCCUGCGAGUGCCCUGCCGGGCGAGCGGCCCAAGAGCCCGUCCUCUGCGCCACGAGGGGGGGGUGGUGGAGGAGGGGGGGGCAAGGGGAAGGCCAGGGGCAAGAAGGGGAAGGGAGGCAAGACCAAGCCGGAGCCCCCUGAGGAGACGGACCCCAGGAAGUUGGAGCUGCUUAACUGGGUGAACUCUCUGGAGCAGGCCAUGAUGGAUGCCCUGGUGUUGGACAGAGUGGACUUUGUCAAGCUGCUGAUUGAAAAUGGAGUCAAUAUCCACCACUUCCUCACCAUCCCACGACUAGAGGAGCUGUACAACACGAGACUGGGACCAGCUCACAACCUGCACAUUGUGGUCAGGGAUGUGAAAAAGGGAAACCUCCCACCAGAUUACCAGAUCACCUUGAUUGAUAUCGGAUUGGUUGUAGAGUUUCUGAUGGGAGGAGCUUUUCGCUGCAAGUACACCAGGAAGUGCUUCCGGACGCUGUACACCAACCUGUACGGUCUCAAAAGACCAAAAGCUCUUAAACUCCUAGGAAUGGAGGAUGACGAGCCACGAAAGGGCAAAGGUAAGAAGAACAAGAAGAAAGAGGUAGAGGAGGACAUUGAUUUAGACGACCCCGAGUUGUGCCGGUUUCAAUUCCCCUUCCACGAGCUCAUGGUGUGGGCCGUGCUGAUGCACCGCCAGAAGAUGGCGCUCUUCCUGUGGCAGCGGGGCGAGGAGGCCAUGGCCAAAGCCCUGGUGGCCUGCAAGCUCUACAAGGCCAUGGCCCACGAGUCGUCCAAGAGUGAGAUGGUGGACGACAUCUUUCAGGACCUAGAGAACAACUCCAGGGAGUUUGGCCAGCUGGCCUACGAGCUCCUGGACCAGUCCUACAAGCACGACGAGCAGGUGGCUAUGAAGCUGCUGACCUAUGAGCUGAAGAACUGGAGUAACUCCACCUGCCUGAAGCUGGCCGUGGCCGCCAAGCACAGGGACUUCAUCGCUCACACCUGCAGCCAGAUGCUGCUCACCGACAUGUGGAUGGGCUGCCUGCGGAUGGGGAAGAGCAACGGCCUCAAGGUCAUAUUAGGCAUUGUUUUCCCACCAUCCAUUCUCCUCAUGGACUUCAGGCUUGGAGAGGAGGCCACAUAUAACUCUUCCAAGGAGAAAGAAGAGGGAAAAGAUAGAGAUGAUGAUAACAAGUCCAACAAGGAUGGAGCCUCUAAUUCAGACGGGAUGUCUAAGAAGGGUGAUGAAGAGGACCAUCAGAGGAAACAGAGAAGAAUCCCAACCAUCAAAAAAAUCUUUGAGUUCUAUAGCACCCCUUUCACCAAGUUCUGGUUCACCACGAUUGCCUAUCUCGUGUACCUCAUGCUGUACAACUACAUUAUUCUGGUGAAGAUGGAACGCUGGCCUUCACUACAGGAGUGGAUUGUCAUCUCUUACAUCAUCACUUUGGGGCUAGAGAAAGUCAGACAGAUCCUGAUGUCCGAACCAGAGAAGCUGAAGCAGAAGAUCAACGUGUGGUUGGAGGAGUACUGGAACAUCACCGACCUGGUGGCCAUCUCGGUCUUCCUCAUCGGCCUGCUGCUCCGGCUGCAGAGCGAGCCCUACAUGGGCUACGGCCGGGUCAUCUACUGCGUGGACAUCAUCUUCUGGUACAUCCGGGUCCUCGACAUCUUUGGGGUCAACAAGUACCUGGGGCCUUACGUCAUGAUGAUCGGCAAGAUGAUGAUCGACAUGCUGUACUUCGUGGUGAUCAUGCUGGUGGUGCUGAUGAGCUUCGGCGUGGCGCGGCAGGCCAUCCUCCACCCCGACGAGGAGCCCACCUGGAGGCUGGCCAGGAACGUCUUCUACAUGCCCUACUGGAUGAUCUACGGGGAGGUGUUUGCGGACUCGAUAGACCUGUACGCUAUGGAAAUCAACCCUCCAUGUGGUGACAACCUGUACGACGAGGACGGAAAGAAGCUUCCUCCCUGUAUACCUGGUGCCUCGCUCACCCCCGCCCUCAUGGCCUGCUACCUCCUGGUGGCCAACAUCCUGCUGGUCAACCUGCUCAUCGCCGUCUUUAACAACACCUUCUUCGAGGUGAAGUCCAUCUCCAACCAGGUGUGGAAGUUCCAGCGGUACCAGUUGAUCAUGACCUUCCACGACCGGCCCAUCCUGCCGCCCCCGCUCAUCAUCUUCCCUCACAUCUACAUCCUGCUGCAGCGGCUCUGCUGCCGCUGCAGCCGGCGCAAACAGGAAGGGGAGCAGGAAGAGCGGGAACGGGGUCUCCAACUUGUGCUCAACGUCGAAGAGUUGAAGAGCCUGUAUGAGUUCGAGGAGCAGUGUGUGGAAGAGUACUUCCACGAGAAGGAGGACGAAAAGCAGUCGUCCAACAACGAGCGCAUCAGGGUCACAUCCGAGAGGGUGGAGAACAUGUUCAUGCGGCUGGAGGAGGUGAACGAGAGGGAGCACUCCAUGAAGGCCUCCCUGCAAACGGUGGACCUACGGCUGGGCCAGCUGGAGGAGUUCUCCAGCCGCAUGAUGAACGCCCUGGAGAAGCUGGCGGGCAUCGACCGGGCGGAGCUGACACGCACCCGAUCCAGAGGCUCCUCCAUCUGCGACCCCUCCACCCUGCUGCGUCAGGGCAGCAUCGGCAGCGCCGACGGCUACAGCGUCUAUCGCUUCCCCAUGGAGACGGAGUCGACCGCGGACACGGCUAAAGACCGGACGGCCCAGCUCGGCCCUGAGAGGAAGGGGAGUUUCAAGGAGGUUCCGCCGGCGUCGAUAGACGGAGGCGUCCCCGCUAAAGAGUACGGCACUACACUGGAGGUGAUGCCCUUAAGGGAUAGAAGGUGCUCUGUUUCAAACGUUGACAUCACGAUUACCUCUUGUGACCCGGAGCAGAAGCCUGCUGCAGAUGAGCUGCUGCCAAAGGGAAUCCCCAGCAAGGAGGCAUUGACCAAUUCAACAGAUAAACCUGGUGUUGCUUUUGCAAAGGCAAAAGUGGAUGCAACCCUUUCUUACCCCCUAGUGAAGUCAAAAGAAACGCAUUAUUUGCCAUCGCAAACUCUUAGCAGCUCACCAUCUUCCAGCCGGAAGACAAUGAGUGGGAUCGUGUACAACCACAUGGACAGAGGAGAAGAGAAUAACUGGGCUAAUUACUUUCCAUCGGCUCCCGAUGUGCCAGGUUUGGACACUACAUCACCAAGCAUGGCUCAAUGGGGAGCCCACUUUGAGUACAAAGGUCAGCCCUCCUUUGGUUUCAUGCCCACGGUUUCAUUGGCAAGUCCUCCUGAUGGUGAAUCCAACUCAGAGACCAAGCAGGAAAAUGACGGAAGUACAUCAAAGCAAACCGCUGGGGAACAAGAAGCCAUGGCGCAAGAGAACAAUCAGAAUAGUCGGGCAGGGAUGGAGGAUGAUGAUUCAGGGCAUUUGCUCGUGGCUCAUGAUAGGAUGUAUCCAACGCUCAGGUCCAAGAGCCUGAAUAGCAAUCCUUGCAAAACUAAGAGUAAGAGUGGCCAGGAAAAGCCCCUUGCAGCGAGCAGUGUCAAAGACCUGGUGGCUGCUUUUGGAAGCCAAGAGCCACCCACAUCACCCCAUGGCAAAUGAUAGCCAUUGAUGGUGGGACUAGCAACUACCAAGGAAACCUUUACUUGUUUAAUUUACUUCAUAUUUUUUACUUGAUUCUACUUAAGCCUUUAUAAUAUACAUAUAUCUUACAUUUUAGGUCUACUAACUAAUUAUUUUUCUUACAAUUGUUUCAUUCCAGUCAGUUACUCAGGACCAGUGGACCUGGAAGGAAGUAUUUCAAGGGAAAAAUUGGCUCCUGUAGAAAUCCUAUUUAUCCUACAAAUUUUAUAAGGACUCAUUUUGACCCAAAUCCAGAUGUUAUUUUGGUAUGUUUUUGUGGGUUGGAGACUGUUCUCGGGUUAGGGUUUUAAAGUGGCCAUCUCAAAGAUCUUCUUUUCUUUCUCUUCAAUGGCGGAAAUAAAGCAGUUGCCCCUGCCCACCUAAGGGAGUGGAGGGGUGAGUCUGUUGCAGUAAGGCCCAAUCCCAUUUCUACCCCUUACCCCUUCCCCUUACCCAUUUCCCUUACUCCUUCAAAACAAGGCGGAGGGGUAAGGGGAAGGGGUAAGGUAGAUAGAUAGAAAUGGGAUUUGGCCUAACUCUGCCAUACCCUCUCAGGUGGAUCAACCAUUGCUGGGUGAUAGAAAACUUGUCACUGGAUAACUGUGCCAUUUGAGGUUUGAAUGCAUGCCGGGAAAGUCCCCACCCACACCCAGUUAGUAACUUUAAUAAUAUUACAAAUGCAAGGGCUUUAAUCAGUGGGCCAUAUGCUCAAUCCCUUUCAUGUUAUCUCAUUUGGCUAUGUGACUUCACUGACAUUUGUCACAAUGGAAAUCGUCAUCCUCGAGAUUGCGACUUUGUCGUUGUGGCUAUGGGCUAUGUGUUAGAAAUGCAAUGUUUCAUGUCAGGUAUGAUUGCUUUCAGUCAGAUGCUAAAUCUCGUACUCCUGAUUACACAGUGUCACAAUGGUCACUCCAGCUUAUCUCUGAAUAUCACAUUAUGGUGUGAAAUGGGAUGUGGUCUUCAACUGAUAUGUGGUGUUUUAUAAUUCAGAUACAUGAAGAUGUUUUUGAGAUUGUGUGUGCGAUUUUUUGGUACGUACAGUAUAUCCAACCUGUAAUACACCUUCUAUUUAUACGCCCUUUGCUAACAGUCCCCCCCAUAGAGCACGGCCAAAAGACAUGAGCAUCUUUCCUUUGCUUGUAUGAAUGUACACAUCAACAUCCCGAAGUCUAAAAUAUGUAGAUGUUUUUUGAGUUUCUCAAAUGUAUAUUAACGGGAAUUGCAACUCCCAUUGUGUUGACUUAUAAUGUCCUUAAAUAACAUACUGCCACUGUUUAAAUCACUAAGCAAUGCCAUGUUUUAUAAAAAUCCACUAGGUGGAGGCUUCAGCCCAGGAAUUACACUCAAGAGGCAUUAGGCAUUAGUUUGACCAGUACAUUCAAACUAGCAAUACCUACAGGUCUUGUAAAAUGUACAAACAAGCAUAGUGUAUUGUAUCUUUAGCAUGAAGUACGAUACAUCCAUAAAUGCUGAAUAAAAUAGAUUGCAGGCAAAUUUCCCUUCAUAGAUUAUGUGAAUAAAGUCCUCUGAUUAAAGAGGAAUAUGAUUAUAAAUCCCUGUGCUGAACUUACCCAA